CGGCGAAGGGUCACGUCAGCGUUAGUCCUCAUCACUGUCGCUGGAGUCAUCAUUGCUUCGGCGGGUGGACGAUGAAUAGGGGCCCUAUCUGAGCCUUAUCUACCAUCAUAUGUUCAUCUAGUAUCAGCUGGACACUGCUGCAGGAGUGCAGAGAUGCAUCUGCCCUGGCUGCUGCUGGCCGCGCUGCUGGCGCCCUCUGGCGGAGAGGAGCGGCACCAGCCGGAGGUGGCGGCGCCGGAGCAGCCUGCACAUGGUGGCGCCAUGGUCCUGGUGCGCUCUGAGUUGACAGUGGCAGAGUCGACAGAUGGCAUCAAGGGCGAGAAGGGCCGCCAGCUGGAGGAGGAGGAGGGGGCGCCGGGAGAGGCGCGCGGCGCCGCCGGCCGCGAGCAGGAGGCUGACGCUGCGGCUGGCCGCGGGCGCGAGCCACUCGGCUCGGCCGGCGCCGAGGAGCGGGAGGCGGGCAGCGUCAUUGAGCCUCCGCCGCCGGCCGGCACGGGCCCCGGGGACGCCAUCAAGGAGGUGGAGGCCCCCGACCUAAGCGGCCAGGAGCCGCUGCUGAAGAGCAUUGGCGACAGCUACUUCAAGCCCAGCAGUCCGCCAAAGCAGGAGAACAAAGACUCGGAAUUGAUGACGGAGCAGGAGCGGCAAGCGGAGGAGCUUUUCAGCACAGGCGAGAAGCUUCUGUCGCGCUCGCGGCCGGACUGGACGCGCAGCUACCAGCUGUUGGAGGAAGCGGCGCGGCUGGGCCACGAGGCGGCGGCCGUACGGCUUGCCUGGGCGCGCCUGCUCGGCUCACACCUGACCCAGGACGUGCCGGCCGCGCGCGACACCUUCCAGCGGUUGGCCAGCCGUGGCUACCCCGAGGCGCAGAUGGCGAUGGGCUUCAUGUACGCGCUCGGCCUGGGCGUUGACUCGAGCCAGGCCAAGGCGCUGCUUCACUACACGUUCGGCGCGCUGGGCGGCAGCUCCUGGGCCCAGAUGGCGCUGGCCUACCGCCAGUUCUACGGCAUCAACACGGCCUCCAGCUGCGAGGCGGCGCUCAUGCACUACCGCAAGGUGUGCGCGACAGUGGCGGACCAGGUGUCACUGUCGGGCGGCAACACUGUGUCGCGCGUGCGGCUGUACGACGAGGCCGAGAGCACGGGCGGCUCCAGCUCCACCCUGGACGAGGAUCUCAUCCAGUAUUACCAGUUUUUGGCCGACAAGGGCGACGUGCAGGCGCAGGUGGGUCUGGGGCAGCUGCACUACCAGGGCGGCCGCGGCGUGGAGCGAGACCACCAACGGGCCUACGAGUACUUCGUGCAGGCCGCCGACGCCGGCAACCCCAACGCCAUGGCCUUCCUGGGCAAGAUGUACCUGGAGGGCAACGACGUCGUGCAGCAGGACAACACGACGGCCCUCAAGUACUUCGAGAAGGCGGCUGAGUUGGGCAACCCGGUGGGCCAGAGCGGUUUGGGCUUCAUGUACCUGUACGGCAAGGGCGUGCCCAAGGACUUCAGCCGUGCCGUCAAGUACUUCGCCCUCUCCGCCGACCAGGGCUGGGUGGACGGCCAGCUGCAGCUCGGCAACAUGUUCUUCAACGGCCAGGGCGUGUCACGUGACUUCAAGAUGGCCAUCAAGUACUUCAACCUGGCGUCGCAGGGAGGCCACGUGCUGGCCAUCUACAACCUGGCGCAGAUGCACGCCUCUGGCGCUGGUGUGGUCCGCUCGUGCCAGACGGCCGUGGAGCUGUACAAGAACGUGGCUGAGCGCGGCCGCUGGUCGGAGCUGUUCAUGGAAGCCCACAACGACUACAAGGCGUAUCGGUUCUCUGCGGCGCUCACCAAGUACUACCUGUUGUCAGAGCUCGGCUAUGAGACGGCGCAGAGUAACGUGGCCUUCCUGCUCGACAAGGGCGUGGCCAGCCUGUUCCCGGAGGAGGAGAAGUACACCCGCGCGCUGCUCAGCUGGGGCCGCGCCGCCACACAGGGCUACGGCGUGGCGCGCGUGAAGCUGGGCGACUACCACUAUUACGGCUACGGGACCCCGGUGGACUACGAGGCGGCGUUCGACCACUACCGGAUGGCGUCCGAGCAGCAGCAGAACGCCCAGGCCAUGUUCAAUCUGGGCUACAUGCACGAGCAGGGACUGGGCAUACAGCGGGACAUCCACCUGGCUAAGCGGUUCUACGACAUGGCGGCAGAGACCAGCCCGGAUGCCCAGGUGCCCGUGGCACUGGCCAUGGCCAAACUUGGCGCCCUCUUCCUCUUCCGGAUAGCGGAUGAGUCGGACUGGAGCGACUACCUGCCGCUGGCCUCGGUCAACCGGCUGCUGGGUCCCGACUGGGACAUCUACCUGAUGACGCUGCUCUCCGUGCUGCUCGGCUUGGUGGUGUUCUUCCGGCGGCCGCGAUGAGACGCGCCGCGCCCGCCACAGACUGGCGCCUCGCGUCGCUCGGCCGGCGCGCGCUGCGGACGGAUCGGUGCCGGACGCCGGUGGCGGAGUGACGGGACCGGAGGUGGGCCGCGCGGCGCCGCGUUCCGUGCCGGCCGCUGGCUGGUGGCUGACCGGCGCGUGGUGAGCGCCGGCGCCCUCCUCAACGAAGGUGGUGAUUGUAAGUGGGACGUGGCCCGUCGGGUGACGGCCCCCGGGCGAUCGCGUGGUGUGGCGUGACGGGAUGACAUGUUAUUAUUUUCCCUGUGAUAGUAGGGUCGGUUUGAUCACCCAGCCAGACGUGUGUGUCACAGGCGGGCACCAUCGCUCCACUGCUCAGCUUCGGGCCACGUUCGGGCCAGUCAGAGACGUCACACUAUCAUUUGAGCGGGCCGUUCGAACGGCGCUGGUCGAGCCCGGUCACGUGCGAUGCGCCUCCGUGGUGGCGCCCGCCGUCGGUCGGGUGGAUCGGUGACGGUUCGGUGUGGAGUGGGGUGGGCGGCGAAGCGGGAGUGCCGCGGCUGGGCCGUUAGCGCUCUGUCGUGUCCUGUUGUAAGGAGCCACAAUAAAGAGCACCUGAAGUGGA